AUGCAUUCAACCACAUCAAAGCUCCGCGAGACCCUCGCCCGGGCACCGCGCAAUUCCGCCUAUGCCCGUCACAUCCAAAAAUGUCUACAGUACGUAGACUUCUACGGCGGAUCGGUGCCCACCGCUCCAAAGGGCAAAACCGAACGCGAUCUGUUAGAACAAGAAUUCGAGUUCCUGCGUGAUGACUCGAACGACAACGGUACUGGUAACAACGACACAGCCAAAGAAAUAGCAAAAAAAUAUUAUGAAAAUUUAUUCCGAGAAUUCGCUUUGAUUGAUUUAUCAAGAUGGCGAGAAGGGCAGGUUGCAUUACGUUGGCGGACAAAGCAAGAAGUUCUGCAGGGUCUGGGGCAAUUCACAUGCGCCUCGUUAACAUGUCCCCGACAUGCUGCAGCGCCAACUGAGGAAUCUAUAGACGAGUUUAGGCUCGAUGAUACCAGUACCAGGGACAACAACAAGAGCGAAACAGGCGAAGGUGUUGGACUUGAGACCUUCGAAAUGAACUUUGGGUAUAUGGAAAAAGGGGUAAAAAAGAAUGCUUUGGUGAAAGUCUGCGUAUGCGAAAAAUGCGCUGGGAAAUUAAGGAGGGUAAAGGAAGGGCGAAAAGAUGAUGACAGGCGAGAGCGAAGGAGAAGCAGGGAUCGGAGAGAUUCUAAAGACAGGCGGCAUAGACGACAUAGGGAUGAAAGUGAAGAACAUGCAUCAAGGACAAGGCGCAGGAAAGAUGAUGAAAAAGAAAGAAUAUCCGAUCAUGGUGGUGUCGAAGAUUCUGGGGAAAGUAGUCGACGUCAUAAAAGUAGGGACCGUCACCACAGAAGUGACCGACGCAGCAGCCGCAAGGAUGAGAGCGAACGAUACCACCGAUCUAACCAUAAGAGGACCUCUCGAUCUCGGUCCCCAAGCCAUGGUCCCACUUGA